CUAUCGCGAUAAGCCGGCGAGAUCGACGCUGGCCCUUUAACGGCCCCUUCUCGGGGGCCUGCCUAGCGCGUGCGCACUGCGGUUCUGCGCUUGUCAUCAUGGCGACGCGGGGCCAUGUGCAGGAUCCUAACGACCGGCGCCUCCGGCCCAUUUACGAUUAUCUUGAUAAUGGAAAUAAUAAAAUGGCAAUUCAGCAAGCUGAUAAAUUGUUGAAGAAACACAAAGAUCUUCACUGUGCAAAGGUUCUCAAAGCAAUUGGUUUACAGAGAACUGGAAAACAGGAAGAAGCCUUCAGCUUGGCACAGGAGGUGGCUGCCCUUGAACCCACAGAUGACAACUCCCUGCAGGCCCUGACCAUUCUUUACCGGGAGAUGCACCGGCCGGAGUUAGUCACGAAGCUUUAUGAGGCGGCUGUGAAGAAAGUCCCCAAUAGCGAGGAGUAUCACUCUCACCUCUUCAUGGCCUACGCCAGAGUGGGCGAGUACAAGAAGAUGCAGCAGGCUGGCAUGGCUCUGUAUAAGAUUGUCCCCAAAAACCCUUACUACUUUUGGUCCGUGAUGAGCUUAAUCAUGCAAUCUAUAUCUGCACGAGAUGAAAACCUCUCAAAAACCAUGUUUCUGCCCCUGGCAGAGAGGAUGGUAGAGAAAAUGGUGAAAGAAGACAAGAUAGAAGCUGAAGCUGAAGUUGAACUUUACUAUAUGAUCCUGGAACGCUUGGGGAAGUACCAGGAAGCCCUGGAUGUCAUUAGAGGGAAAUUAGGAGAGAAAUUGACAAGUGAGAUUCAGAGUCGGGAAAACAAAUGCAUGGCCAUGUACAAGAAACUGAGCAGGUGGCCAGAGUGCAACGCCCUUUCCAGACGCCUCCUGUUGAAAAACUCAGAUGACUGGCAGUUCUAUCUGACUUAUUUCGAUUCUGUCUUUCGACUGAUUGAAGAGGCCUGGACACCUCCUGCUGAAGGGGAACACUCCUUAGAAGGGGAAGUACACUGCUCUGCAGAAGACGCCGUGAAGUUUAUAGAGGACAGGAUAACAGAGGCAUCACAAAGUGCCCGACAUGUCCGAGGCCCACACCUUGCAAAGUUGGAGCUCAUCAGGCGCCUGCGGAGCCAAGGCUGUAAUGAUGAGUACAAGCUGGGUGACCCGGAAGAGCUAAUGUUCCAGUAUUUCCAGAAGUUCGGGGAUAAGCCAUGUUGCUUCACAGACCUGAAGGUGUUUGUUGACCUCCUGCCUGCUGCCCAGUGCACACAAUUUAUUAAUCAGCUUCUUGGAGUUGUUCCAUUGUCAACACCAACAGAGGACAAGCUUGCCCUGCCAGCUGACAUCCGUGCCCUGCAGCAGCAUCUAUGUGUUGUGCAGCUGACAAGGCUGCUUGGCUUGUACCACAUCAUGGAUAAGAACCAGAAGCUGGGUGUGGUCAGAGAGUUGAUGUUAAGGUACCAGCACGGACUGGAAUUUGGGCGCUCUUGUUUGAAGACAGAGUUGCAGUUCUCUGACUAUUAUUGCCUCCUUGCUGUCCACGUGCUCACUGAUAUAUGGAGAGAAGCAGGUGAGGAGACUGCUGUAUGGCAGGCCCUGACUCUGCUGGAAGAAGGCUUAACCCACAGCCCGUCCAAUGCUCAGUUCAAAUUGCUGCUUGUUCGAAUCUACUGCAUGCUGGGUGCAUUUGAGCCAGUGGUGGAUCUUUACUCCAGCCUUGAUGCUAAGCAUAUCCAGCACGACACCAUUGGCUACCUUCUGACCCGAUAUGCUGCAUCCUUGGGUCAGUAUGCUGCGGCCUCCCAGUCCUGUAACUUUGCACUCAGGUUUUUCCACUCCAACCAGAAAGAUACCUCAGAAUACAUUAUUCAAGCUUACAAGUACGGUGCAUUUGAGAAGAUCCCAGAAUUUAUCGCUUUUAGGAACAGGCUGAAUAAUUCUCUCCACUUUGCACAAGUGCGCACAGAACGGAUGCUCUUAGACCUUCUACUUGAAGCAAACAUAUCAACUAGCUUGGCAGAAAGUAUUAAAUCAAUGAAUCUGAGGCCAGAGGAAGAUGAUGUUCCAUGGGAAGAUUUGCGAGACAACAGAGACUUGGAUGUUUUCUUUAGCUGGGAUCCAAAGGACAGGAAUGUUUCUGAAGAGCAUAAGAAGCUCUCCUUGGAGGAGGAAACCAUGUGGUUAAGAAUUCGCACCUUAACACUGAGGCUCAUCAGUGGACUUCCAAGUCUUACCCACCCUGUGGAGCCAAAGAACUCAGAGAAGACCUCGGAGAACGGGGUGUCCUCCCGGAUUGACAUUCUUCGUUUGCUCCUCCAACAGCUAGAAGUGGCCGUGGAGAUGGGGGAGCGAUUUAUUGAGAAGGAAAUUCAGUAUCCGUUCCUCGGGCCUGUCCCCACCAGGAUGGGCAGGUUCUUCAGUUCGGGUUGCUGUCAGUGCCAGGUCCGCUCCUUUCAUCUUGUCAGUGAUGUGUAUGAGCUUGAUACCAGUGGCGUAGAGGGUACAGUCGAUAUACAGGAACGAAUAGAAAAUAGUCUUACAACUUUACUAGAACUAUUAAAAGGUGUCUUCAGCACAUGUAAAGGCGAACUCUUAGAAGUUAAAGAUGGUAACAUGAAGACCCAGCCUGCCAUCUUGGAGAACCUAGUCUUCUUCGUUGAGACUAUCUCUGUUGUCCUUUGGGUAUCCAGUUACUGUGAGAGUGUCUUGCGACCAUACAAAUUAAAUAUACAGAAAAAGAAAAAGAAGAAAAAAGAGACCAGCAUCAUCAUGCCUCCAGUCUUCACCAGUUUCCAAGACUAUGUUACUGGACUUCAGACUUUAAUUUCCAACGUUGUGGAUCAUAUUAAAGGACUUGAAACAAAUCUAAUUGCACUUAAACUUGAGGAACUCACAUUAGAAGACACAUGUAUCUCUCCGGAAGAAAGAAAAUUUUCAAAGACUGUGCAGGGGAAAGUGCAGAGCAGUUACCUGCACUCACUUCUGGAAAUUGGGGAGCUGCUCAGAAAAAGACUUGAGACCACAAAGAAACUAAAAAUUUAAGAAAGUAUGAACCACAGGCACUGAAGAUGCUCUAGCAGAAGACGACACACCACCUUCCCUGGCAGCAGCAACAUCUGCUGCUGGCCAUCGUUUUCAUCCAGAACUUCCUCACAAAUGCAUGAAGGACUUUGAUCGUGAAUUAAUUUUUGAGGUAUUAAAUAUAUACAACUGAUUAUAAAUUAUUGUAUAUAAACCAGAAGCAGGACCCUCAUCUGGGUUUACCACUCUUUAUAUCUGUUCAUACACACAGGACAGCAACGAGAGCCCCACUUCUCUCCCAUCACCAGAAAUGUCUGGGGUGGGCUUUCUAUACAAGCAGCAAUAGAAAUAAG